AUGACUGUCACGUACUCCAGUAAAGUAGCAAAUGCGACUUUUUUUGGAUUUCAUAGGUUACUCCUCAAGUGGAGAGGCAGCAUCUACAAACUACUGUACAGGGAAUUUAUUGUUUUUGCUGUUUUUUACACGGCAAUAAGUUUGGUGUACAGAUUGUUACUUACAGGAGCCCAAAAACGUUACUUUGAAAAAUUAUCAAUUUACUGUGACAGAUAUGCUGAACAAAUUCCAGUAACCUUUGUGCUUGGGUUUUAUGUCACUCUGGUAGUGAACCGAUGGUGGAACCAGUUUGUGAAUCUGCCCUGGCCGGACAGGCUGAUGUUCCUCAUCUCCAGCAGUGUUCACGGAAGGGACGAGCACGGGCGCCUGCUCAGAAGGACGCUGAUGCGCUACGUCAAUCUCACGUCUCUGCUCAUCUUCCGCUCUGUGAGCACGGCUGUGUACAAAAGGUUCCCAACCAUGGACCACGUGGUUGAAGCAGGUUUUAUGACAGCAGAUGAAAGAAAAUUAUUUGACCAUCUCAAAUCUCCUCAUCUGAAAUACUGGGUUCCAUUCAUCUGGUUUGGAAAUCUUGCAGCGAAAGCCCGAAAGGAAGGUAGAAUCAGAGACAGUGUUGAUCUACAAUCAUUGAUGACUGAAAUGAACAAAUACCGCUCUUGGUGUAGCCUCUUAUUUGGCUACGACUGGGUUGGGAUUCCGCUGGUCUACACCCAGGUUGUCACCCUGGCAGUCUACACCUUCUUCUUCGCCUGCCUGAUUGGACGCCAGUUUUUGGAUCCCACCAAAGGCUACGCGGGGCAUGACCUAGACCUUUACAUUCCGAUCUUCACGCUCCUGCAGUUCUUCUUCUACGCGGGAUGGCUCAAGGUAGCUGAGCAGCUUAUCAACCCAUUUGGAGAAGACGAUGAUGAUUUUGAAACCAACUGGUGCAUUGACAGAAACUUGCAGGUCUCUCUUUUAGCUGUGGAUGAGAUGCACAUGAGCUUACCUAAGAUGAAGAAGGACAUUUACUGGGACGAUUCUGCUGCUCGACCGCCCUAUACGCUGGCAGCUGCAGACUACUGCAUACCCUCAUUUCUGGGGUCAACUGUCGAAAUGGGACUGUCCGGAUCCGACUUCCCUGGCGAGGACUGGCUGUGGAGUUACGAGAAGCACGGCCACCGCCAUUCCGUGAUUAGGAGAGUCAAGAGAUUCCUGAGCGCCCACGAACACCCCUCCAGCCCCCAGAGAAGAAGCUACAGCCGGCAGGCCAGUGACAGCUCCAUGUUCUUUCCCCCAAGCGGUGAUGUCAGCCCAGCCAGGGAUCUGUUGGAUGUGCCCUCCAGAAGCUACCACCGUGUCCCAGGCACCCCGAACCAGACCUGCUCCCCAGAAGGGAGCAUCAAGAUGUACUCCAGCCUGGGGGAGCUGUCCACCAUCAGGGAGACCAGCCGGACGAGCACUUUGCAGAGCCUGAGUCCACAGUCCAGUGUGAGGGUCUCCCCCACCAAAAUGCCACAGGUGCCCGAGGUACUGAUCACAGUGGCCGAGGCAUCAGUGCCUGCGUCCGAUGGCUCCACGGCCUCCAUCCAGAGUGCAGAGUUUACUGGGGUGGAGCCAAGCGGGACUGGACAGCAGAAAGUCCCCGUGGGAUUGAUUCCUUGCCCCUCAGAGAAAGGGACACCUCCGAGGGACCCCAGUCCCCAGACUAGUUCUGCCAAAGAUGAAAGAAAUGUCUCCACAUUUGUCUCUGGGGAAGACCCUAAUGAUGACAAGUUCCUGAAAAGGUGGAGCCUCCCGGGGUUCCUGGAGUCCAGCUACACCUCCCCAGCGGACCUCUGCCCAGAUCCCAUGAGCCCUGAGCCCAUUCUCUCACUUGACACAGAAACAUCUUCAGAGACCAGUGGAAUCAACAUCGUGGCUGGCUCUCGAGCCUCUCCUGAUAUGCUGUAUUUAAUGGAAAACCUGGACACCAAGGAAACAGAUAUCAUAGAUUUUAACAAUGAGCCAGCUGAGGAACCACCCAAAGGAAGACCAGAACCUCUAGGACCUGGUUCUAGCUGAGGUUCUUACUUCCAGCAUUAGUUCCAGAACAUACCUAAGGACUGGUCAACUUUUUAAAAAGCCUUCAUACUAUAUAAGCUACUUAAAACUAAAGGGCAUUAUGAUCCUAGUUUCUGAGAACUGAGAAAAUCAAAUACAUUCACAUCAUCUGUUACAAGGUGACUUUCACAGAAGUCACACAGACCACAGUGACCUAUCUUAACCAAACAAGGAAUGUUAAUAAUAUAUCUAUGGCUUAUAAUUCAGAGAUUAUGUUACCUUUGGAAAGGAUCUUGUAGCCGAUAGUCCCCCAGUUUUGCCCCCAGAGAGACAAAGUUUGCUCUCCUCCCGACUUUUUCUCUUUUCUUCAUCUCCUCAGUCAUAAAGAGAGGGAUAUGGGUCACACAAUGCUGCAAAAGCUCCUUCCUAAUACGGACUCGUUGAGGCUUUCUAACCAUCUCACUACCACUUUCUCGAACUACGAUCACUCCUUGAUUCUUAAGCUUCACAGCAUUACAACCUCCACCUCCUUUCCAUUUCUUUUUCUCCGUUUUCUUUUUAUUCUCUCAUCCUUUUGUCUUUC